AUGGCAAAUUCUGAAAUCAUAAGACGUAAUAGUUAUGAUCAUUUGCGAUCAUUGAAUAAUAAUCAAUCAGAAUCAUCGUACGUAUGUGAUUGUGGACAAGAAUAUAUGACUGAAGAAACUCUCAAACGACAUCAACAAACUAAUUGCAAAAAUCGAUCAGUUCAAUGUUCAUUUUGUAAUGAAACGUUUUCAUCAAGUCUGAUACGUGAUCAUUUACUUUCAUGUGGAAAUAAAACUGAUGAAUGUCCACGUUGUCAUCAUUUUAUACGACGUUCUCAUUUUGCUUAUCAUUAUGAAAAUAAUUGUGCAUCAACUGAUGAUAUUGAAACACCUCCAACUCGACCUAAAAGUCGAUCAGCACAACAGCAUGUUCUUACAAAUUCUAAUAAGCCUAUUUUGAGAGUAGAUAUUCCUAGUGAUGAGUAUCCUGAAAAUUAUUCUGGUCAAAAUUCAUUGACAAAUUCUCCAAGAGGAAAUAGUAGAUCUCCAUUAUCAAUAUCAAAUUCAAUUAAUAUAUCAAUGACAAUUGAAUGUGAAUUUUGUCAUAAUCGAUGCGUACGAACUGAUUAUAAAACUCAUAGGGAGAAGUGUCUUGACAAUCCAGCAAAUAUUAAUCGUAAACAACCAUCUGUAAUACCUUCAAGGUCAAAUCAAAAUCAAGGUGCUUCACAUGGUAUUGUUCAUAUUCCAUGUGAAAUUUGUCAACAAUUAAUUGAUUUACCGAAUUGGUCAAGUCACACUCAAAAUUGUCGUGAACGAGAGAAGCAACGAGUAGAAAGACGUGCUGAAACAAUGAGUCAACAACCUGUUACUGAACAAUUUCCAUGUGAAUAUUGUCAUCAAUUAUUUUUAGCUAAACAACUUCAUUUACAUGAAAGAAAUUGUCUGAAAAAUCCAGAUAAUACAGAAUCGGCACGUCUUCUUGCUCAACGACGAACUCCAUCAACUGUUGUUCUACCAAUCAAGCGACAAAAUGAUCGAACCAAUCCAAUACCAUCUAAUGCUCGAUCUCCAAAUAACAAUCGUUUUGCUCAAUAUCAACGUAUCGAUAUUGACCGUACACAUAUUGCAAAUAGAUCACUUGAUAAUAAUAUAUCUCAGAAUAUUAACAAUACAAAUCAAAAUUAUUUACGAAACACAGCAAGUGAUGAAAAUUUUUUAAAAUCAAAAAAUUCUCCUCGUCAUGGUCAUACUUAUGAAAAUGAAUCGAUGCGAUCAAAUGAAAACAUAUCACAAUUGUCUAGAGAAAGACCAUCUAAUGGUGUGUCACAACGUGCAAAAUCAUCUGAUAGCUUGCGAAACAUGUAUGAUAAUCAAGAUCGAAGUAAUAAUAAUACUGAUUAUCGUUCACCAUACCAAAAUGAUCGUAGACAUCAGCAUCAGAUUCAUCAUGGAAAUGAUUUCUUUUUUUCUAGUGGUCCUUUAAAUGAGCCUAUUCCAGCUCAUCCUGAUGCAAUUUAUCGACCGCAAAAUCGACCGAUGAAAGAAAAUAUUCGACUGGCAACUCCUAAAGUCAUAGUUUCACAUGUAAAUAAUCACAAUCCAGUAUUAGCUGCACCACUUACUGAUGGUGCAAGUGGUUUUUCACCUUGGUGGAUCAUUGGUCCAUUGUUAGGUUUACUUGCAAUUUUGGCUCUUGCUGCUCUAGCUUAUUUCAUAAAGAAAAAAUAUGAUUCAGAUAAACAAGUCGAAAGAGAAAAUAAUUCAGAACAACAAAAAACAAAUGAUAAUCUAGAAAGUCUUGAUAAUACUGAAAAAUCAACCGUUCAGAACGUGACACUUAGACAAAUGAAGCCAAAUAUAAUAUCAAAUGAACAAUCUGCUGCUAAAGGUAAAUAUCAUAUUAUAUUUUGA